AAAAACUAACCAGCAACCAACUGUAGCUGCUGCUGCUCAGCGGCUGUGUCAAUGAUCGGACGGAGCUGUGCGGAGGAGCAGACCUACAACAUCCGGGCCACAGGCAGCUCGCUCGCGCAGACACGGAAUGGCGGAGGUGGGUGAGAAGCCUCCGAGGACGAGCGCAGAGGUUGUGGCCUAACGGCGAGCGGACGGGGCACAGCGGUGAUGAAGACCCCCUCGGCGGGAGCAGCAGCAGUGUGUCCAGGCCGCAGGAGGAGGAGUCGGGGGUGAACGCUCCUUCGCUCCAUGAAGAUGACAACACAAUCCCACACUGCCGGUGAGCUUCCCUUGGAGGAGCUGCUGGCUCUGUAUGGAUACACAGUGUCAGAUCCAGAAAAGGAGAGCUGUCAAACGGCUGCCAGCCUGCCAGGCAUGACACUGGACAAGGAUCAGAUAACUGAGGAUCUCUUUCCUGGCGAGGAGGAAGAGGAAUCGUCAGCUGAUGAUCUCACCCCCUCAGUCACCUCAAACACCUCAGAUCUGCUCCGCCAUCUCCAAGGUGGAGACAAAGACACAUUAGUCAGCUCAUCAGAUGAGGAAUCCGACGAUGCCUCUAUUCCCUCCAACGAAGAGCACAAGGAGAUCAUGGUUGGCUCCAUGUACCAGGCAAAAAUCCCUCCACUCAGUCCGUAUAGCCACCAGGAGAGAGCCUACAGCAGUGAGGACCAGUUGCUGUGGAGGCCUGAUGUUCUGCCGGUGCAGGAAGUGGAGAAGUUCUUGCUGAAUACGCAGAGACCACGUGGCCGGGAGGGGGCAGCAUGCACAGUGAUGCACGGAGACACUGUCCGAGACAACGAACAGGCACUGUAUGAACUAAUAAAAUGCAACUUCAGUGCAGAAGAGGCACUGAGACGACUACGCUUCAACGUCAAGGUGUUCAGUGAUGAGCUGUGUGCCUGGAGUGAGGAGGAGUGCAGGAGCUUUGAGCACGGCUAUCGAGUUUACGGGAAAAACUUCCACCUCAUUCAGGCAAAUAAGGUGCGAACACGCUCUGUGGGCGAGUGUGUGGAGUACUACUACAUGUGGAAGAAGUCCGACCGCCACGAGUAUUUCACCCAACAGACCACCAGGCUCAGCCGCAAGAAAUACAGCCUGCAAUCAGGGAGCAUGGAGGAUGGUGACCAGGAUGGGGAUGUUGCAGAGCUGGAAGGAAGCAACAACUCCUCAGGCCUGUUGUCUCACAGUUCCAUGGGCCCCAGGCAGCUCGAGUCCCCGUUACCGCCGCAGUCCAACUUGGACCUGGACAAACGAGAUGGAGAGUUGGUGAUGGAGCUGUGUGGAGACGGAUGUCCCGGGCAGCUGCUGGGCUGUCCCUUCUCCCUGCAGCCCAUGGACGACCUGCGAGGAGAUCCUGGCUCAGAGAGCUGCUGCCCCUCAGCUCCAGUCCAGCUCAAGUCCCAGCCCUCCGCCCUGAGUUCCCAGUCGGUCUGCGGGAGCUCUCCUUGCUGCCAUGAUGACCACUGCCUCCCAGGCUUCUGCUUCUACCGGCUACACAUGCGGGGUGGACCUUUUGUUUCCGAGGACCCUCACUGUGCAGCCGGCGGUGUGACCGGGGCCCCUCGCGGGCUACAGGUGGAGUUUAGCCUGCCGUCGGCCUCUCCGCCCUCAUCUACUCUCCUCCCGUCACACUUCCAGGCAAUCGGCAGCCUGCUGCUCCCCGCCGCUGUCCAGCAUUCACGCUCUCUUACUCAGUGAGGAGGGAAAUGGGGGAAAUCCAAGUGAAGUGGUACUUUCUGUGGUUUGCCCUUUGUCUAAAUCAUUGAUUGGUGUUGGCAUUUCCAACAGGCUUAGAGAGCCCAGGACAAAAAGUGCAUUUACCUGACUUGAUGAAAAAGUAAGGACCUGCGAUCUGUGCUGACGAGCUGCUGGUCCACCUGAAGCCUCUUUUUAAACUGAUACACUUGAACUUUCUGUCCAUUGUGGAAGUGUUAAUCACUGCUGUCGGGUGUCGAUUGUGUGUUUAUUUAUAACAGUUUAAUACCCCCAACCUGCACCAGGGCAACUCUGUUGACUGGCCGUCAUGAACACACACUUGUGGAAGCAAGGCGCAGCGAUAAGCGCUGCGGUGGCCAGAAGCAAGCCAGACGCAAGUUGUCCGUAGUCCCGUGUGACUGACAAUGUGAACAACUGUUUGCUCUGUUUUCUUAUUUAUCACGAUGGAGAAGUUUGACUUUUGAAAUUCAACAGCCAAUAACGUUUCCUUGUGCUCUGCUAAUUGCUCAGCUCUUUUUUGCCAUCGCAGCCGUUUGAGAUCUCUCUGACCUGUGUCAGGUGAACAUAACUGCUGGAAUUAUGAUCAUAGAGUCAAAUCUAUCAAUUCAAAAAAUACUCAAUAGUUUAUUUAUUACUUAAAACGUCCUCUACCCAGCUCUGAUUGUCUCUUUUCUCUCAUUACCAUGCUUCACUGAACUUCCAGCUGUCUGUGAACUUUUGGCACUAAAGUCAACCAUUUUCUUAGGUUUAUUUAAACACGAAACAACGAAGGAGCAACAAGAAAAAUAGAUUUAGAAUUUUGCCUUUUUCCAUCCUUGUUCUUCCCAGAUGAUUUAUCUAGUGAUUAUUUUUAAACAUGCAAUGCUUUGUCAUCACUUCUGACCACCGUGUCUGUCACAUUGAAUAUUUAGUCGAAUGAAGAGCCUGUUUGACCUGCAGAGUAGGCGUCGCAUGAAUUUGCAUAAAUGUCAAAUAUACAUGCUGAGAUAGGUAAGUCACUGAAUCCAAAUCCGAUUUUCUCAGGUUCCACAAAUCUCCGCGACUGUUCCGUCAGGAGCUGACCUGCUGUCGUCGGUGAGGUCAGGUGUCUGAUGCACACAGUCAGUAGAGUGCUGAUGUUUUUUAAUUUUCUUUGAUCAAGACAACUUGUUGGUAAAAAUAAAACCAGAAUUAACCGUUA